GUGAGCACCCCCCCACCACAUUGGAAAGUUAACAUCUAUAGCUACGGCCCCCGGAACCAGUGCCUAGGUAAGGAGCCGCAUAUUAACCUCUGAAGAGCCACAUUCAGCUCCGGAGACACAGGUUGGCCACCCCUGGCUUAUAGCAAUUCAGUGAACAAAAUAAGGUGUACUUGCAAAAGCACUUUUAUGCCGGUAUAGAAAUGUCAUGGAACACCUCUAAUUGACAUUGCUAUGCUGUCAGAAGAUUCUAGUGUAGACAUGGCCUUACUUUUCUAAGGUUUUAUUGACCAUAUUGUUGCAAUUUGUGGAAAAAUGGAUCAUGGUUAUGCACUGGACUGUUCUAGAUUAGAUGGCCAGCUGCACUCCACACCUUAGUCUUGUGGAAAUUUACAUUUUGUGCCAAGGUGAGAGGUAGCAAAACGACAGAAAAUAGUAGUUUAUCUCAAAGAACAUUGGACCAAUAUAGCUGUGAACAGCCUUAACAGUGUUUGCUUUUUGAGGUAGUUGUGGUUUACGCAAUAAAUACCUGGGCUCUUCUAACAAGAAUGGGAUUCACCCUUACCCGUAUAAUGUACCAAAACUAUAUAUAUUUUUAAUUUCAGAGAUGAAUUCCAAUACAGGCAACUUUGCCUGACAAAGCUUUGGUCACCUCAAUAGCAGCAAUGCAGUGCUCCAGCCUCUGUUCUAGCGGCUGCUCGAUGAGAAUACUGAUCUUUUUACCUGCAAGAUCAGGCCCUCAUGCUAACAUCUUCUCUAAGAGAGCACGCAAGACCUGUUUCUUGUUGGUACUCUGAUUCACUAGGCCGUUUCUUGCACCGAAGUCCACAUCAUCUUCAAAAUACACACACACUGACUGGAGGCAAAGGGGCAUUCCAAGAAUAGUGGCUGUAUAGAAGUGCUCUGCUCUCUUUUGGGUGUUUUGAAUAUUGUUUAAACUGGUCAGUCUCUUGAGCCCCUCUGUGUGUAUAUCUUUCUCUUGGUUUGAGCUGUAUCUCUGAUAAGAUAAUAGCUGAGGAAAAAAAAUGUUUUCCAAUUGCAGCAAGACCUAUGGACCUGUAUAUGUGAUCAGGUGCUGGCAUUUGUUGUAAGGCAGUGUUUCCCAAACUUGGGACGCCGCUUGUGUAGGAAAAGCCCCCUGGCGGGCCGGGCCGGUUUGUUUACCUGCCACGUCCACAGGUCCGGCCGAUUGUGGCUCCCACUGGCUGCGGUUCGCUGCUCCAGGCCAAUGGAAGCUGCUGGAAGCGGCGGCCAGUACGUCCCUUGGUAUUGAUGCAUGAUUUCUUCACAUUUGCUACAUUUAUGGACGUCUUAAACUAUCGUUCCUCAGAGUCCAAUCCAACCUUUCCUGUUUGUAUUAACCUCAUUCUGAGAUCCAAGGUUAAUUUUUUAUUAACAGUGGCCCCAGUCUUGAGCCCACUGUAUUAAUGAUUUCUACUCCAAUCUCUUCACUCCAGGCAGUGUUUUGUUGUUAAGGGGUGCUUUUGCAUUGUUUCAAGCCUAAUCUUCCCAACUGGCUAAGAUUGUGUGGUUUAUCUGGUAAAUUUGGUUGGGUUAAGAUCUAGAGCUUGACUAACAGCAUUUCUUUCUUGUCAUAGAUGGGUUCUAUCAAUAUUACAUUUCCUAAUUUAGGAAUAUUCUAUAAAAACCCAUCUGUAUAUAAAUGUCCGGUCUCCGGAAUACUCUCAUGAAUUCAAUUAGGAUAACAUAUUUUGUGCUGUUAAUAUUGAUUUCUGGAUUCAUCCACAUGGAUGAUUUUAUAUAUUUAUACAAGCUAAAUUGCAAGCAUUUAGACAAUAUGAGAUCAAUUUUCCCUGUGUGAAUAGAUUGUAUUACAGUGUAUUGAGCUGAGAGCUACCUCUAAUGGUACAGGUUUUAGACAUUUCUUCUCAGUCUUUAACCAGUCAUACAUUUCACUGGUAUUAUUUCUUAGCCAAUAUAAGGUUUGUGUAUUAGUACAAGCAUUGUAAUAUAAGUCAUUAGGCAAACAAUAUCUUUUCCUCAUUUCUUGCUUCAGGAUGUUUAUAUAGUUGUAAAGAGAUAAUUAGCAUUUCCAGUUUUAUUUUUAAGAUAAAUUAAAGAUUAAAAAAAAGUUUUAGGCUGAUUUAGCGGUUGGUUUAACCAGCAGUAAAUUAACCUAUUUUUCCCCUUUGUGAGAAGAGACGAUCCAGUUAGAUAAGGAAAGAACUGAAGACAAACUAGUCUGUACAAACAUGUCAGAACCCCGGCCUUGAUGGCAUCUCAGUGGAAUUCCACAAAGGUUACAAGAACAGUUAACAACCAGUUCUUAUACAUUUAUGAAUCAGCAGUGAAGGAUAAUUUAUUAGCACAGAGUGUAAGAACUCAUCUUAUCUCACUGAUUCCGAUGUUUGAAAAGGCUGCUGAAUAAUGGAUGAACGAUCACCUGACUUCCCUAAUAAAGAUUGCAAAAUCCUAGCUGAGGGUAUUGGACACAAUGACAAUCACUGUAGUGUAUGAUAACUCGGAAGCUAUGGAGCUCUGUGCUUCUCAGCAUCUGUAUCUUAAACCAGUAGCAAAACUGACUAUCAAUGUGGUGUUUCCAGAACACACAGAAUCUGCCCGAUCUUUCUCUAAGUGGGAAGUGAUGGACAAGCUGAAGAACAUGAUUUGUCCAGACCAGUUCACUACUGUUAGGGUUUCAAAGAGCACUAAGGAUUUCAUUCGAUUUGAGGGAGAGGCAGAAAAUAAAAAGUUGAUCCUCACCCUUAAGGAAAAACUGCAUGGAAAGGUAAUAAAACUGAAUGGUUUUAAAGAUGACUUGAAGGUGAUGGCCACCGAGGCACAAGCUGACUUUCCAACUCCACAAGAGUGGGCAUCUUACCUGAAUAAAAGAGAGAUUACGAAUGAAGACCUUACUGAGCAAACUGCUGAUAUUCCUGAUUGCAUCUAUUUUGAAGGUUUGCCAUGUAAAUGGUUUGCACUAAAGGGCUCAAAUAGUGAAAAGCCGAGUGAAGAUGUUUUAAGAGUGGUGUUCGAAAGCUUUGGAAAGAUUAAGAACAUAGAUAUCCCUAUGCUUGAUCCUUAUAGAGAAGAAAUGGUGGGAGGAAAUUUAAAUAACUUCCUUUUUGGAGGUCUACAGACAUUUGAAGCUUUUGUCCAGUACCAAGAGUACACGGCUUUUGUGAAAGCUAUGGAGUCACUUAGGGGAAUGAAGCUGAUGUUUAAAGGGGAUGAUGGAAAAGCUCUGGCAUGUAACAUGAAGGUGACUUUUGAUACAACCAAACAUUUCAGCAAAGGAGCUAUCAAAAAGAGAAGGCUGGAAAGACAAAAGCUGCAAGAGCUAGAGCAAGAAAGAAAAAGGGAAAAAAAGAGAGAGGAAGAGGAGGCUGCAAGAAAAAGACGUGAUGAUGAAAAAAUUGCUCGAGAAAGAAAAAGGAAGGCUAAGCUCAAGAGGAGAGAACCCAGGCAGAUAGAUCGGGAUGAGAAACGCCCAAGAAAGCAGCAGAAGGUAACAGCUGAAGAAGAGCAGAGGCCAGAGAAUAUGCCUGAAUGGGAAGAGAGGAAAUAUCUACUAGCUCAGAGAAGAGUGGAGUCUAUAAGGCUGCUUACAGUGCUGUUAAGCCGAGUAAAAGAUUUUGCACAGUUGACCAGCCAAAAAGUGGAGCCCUUGCUGUACUCUGAAGAAAUAAGAAAGGAUUGCUUUCCUGAGACGGAGUUCCAAAAUGCACAGACAGAGCAGAGAGAAUCCCGUUAUCUUCUACACAAAGAACUGAAGGAUAAGAAAAAAUUUAGCUGUCAGUUCUUCCAAACGGAUAACACCUCUUUUAGUGAGGAAGAGGUGCCAAGUAAUCUACCUGCCUCACCUUGUCAUCUGGUGAGAACGAUCUUAAAUGAUCCAACUGCAGCAGCAAGCACUGGUAAAUUAACUGGCAGGGAUGAGUACAGCUCCCCUGGCUGUGGGUCUUUACAGAUUACAGUUACUCAAGACUGCAAGGUUAUAGAAUCCCUUGAGAGAGAAGACUGUCCUCCUUUGAAGACAGUACACUCUGGAAAAGUGUCUGGUACAGGGUACUGCAAAAAGCAAAAGAUUUAUGAAACUGACGAGUUUAUACAUUAUUUAUUAAACUAUUAUCAAACUCCAAGCUACGCACGUGUCUGCCUAGAGCCAAAAAGCACCGUUAGCAAGUCUUGGUGGCAGAGGAUAGUGUCUGAUAAUGGGAAUGGCUUUCAGAUCAACUUGAAGAACAAAUAUGGGGGACGCUUUACAGAAGUGAGUUUUGUACAAAACCCCGACAAGGGAAAUUGUAGCGGGGAUGAUAAUUAUAGAUGGGAGAUCACGAUUCGGAAAUCUGAGCCUACAGAGAGUGUGUCAAAAAACAACUCCUAUUCUGGAGGGUUUACAACAAAGUUCCAAGUACAGUGGAAUGACUCACUUGAUAUCGCUAAUCUACCAUAUGCUGAAUUUAAUAAUUCUUCUUUUGGAGGCAUUAAUACUAGUCAUGAUAAAAAAUCCAAAGACGACAAUAACAGAAGAGAAGUUGCCCCACCAUACACACCCUCAGGCUCUGCAUACAAAUUCAGGGAUUUAAUGGAAGAGAUCAGUAGUGAUUCUGAGUAUUUUAGUGAGGCAAAGAGAACAGAAAGAAGAUAUAAAGAUGUUUACAGUGAUGGCAAUAAAACAUGGUCCCUCCCAAGAGAGAUGGAGAGAAAAUUCCUUGUCUGUGUUAAAAACGUAGGUCAAAAUUAUCCAGAAAAUGAAUCCAGCAAAUGUAGCUUCUGUUCAAAUUCUGCCCCUGGUGGCUUGACAAAGCAGUGUAGACAUAAGCUUAAAAAAUCACACAAGAGAUGCAGUAGUAAAUUGAGUCACGAAGGGCGAAAAAGUGAGUGGAAAUCCAAUGAAGAGGCGAUAAAUACCCCCAAAAAGAAGAAAAAGAGAAAAAAGCCCUCCCCUGACAUUUUACCUGAUGAACAUGGCUUCUCUGAAAUGGAGAGUUGGAGACAGUUGGAAUCUCUAAAAAAGAUACAGAGAAAAUGUAGCAAAAUGUUCCACCAUAAGAUGAAAUUCAAAACUCUUCAUGUGAUGGCAGCAGCAUCAAAAGAGGCCAUCCAUGAUGAUGCCUCUCUGCUUCAGAGAUCUCGCCAAAGGGCCGGUGAGGUGGGGGAAGUGAAAUAGAACCAAGACGACACUCCUCAGUUUGACAGGUUUAAGGAUUCUGUGCAGAAUUAUGGUUACUGACACAAUCACUCUGGCAGUCAAGCUCACCUAACGGUUGAAAGUAGUUUAGAAGGAGGAGACGCUGAUUCCUCUGACCCCUAAAGGGCUUGACAGUCGUUUAGUACAGCAGCACUCUUUGGGGUGGGAGACUGGACCACAGCACCACGCCUGGUCCCUGCAGGAUGCCUGUUUGCAUUUGGGUGGCUGUGAGAGUAUGCUGUAGCUACACCCCUACGCAGCCAGGUUAGAAACGGCCUGGAGAUAUCACCUUUGUCUGGGUGCUGGUUCUCCUGGUGGCAGAAGCCACUGUCAUUCUUAUUUAUCCUGACCUGGGAACCUAAGAAAUCCUGCCACUGAAGUGGAGCAAGAAGAGGCUCCCAAGGACCUGGGCUAAGGUUUAAAUUAAUAAAAGGGGAGAGUAGGGGACCAAUCAGCUCCCCUCCUUCUCUGGUUGGCCAAUGGAUGAGAGCCUCUGGAGGAGGGGUCAUCCUGCAUUCCUCCAGCAUCUGCUCCCCACUGCCUUCUGGGGCUGUCCCAAUCACGGCCAGCAAGUUUCCACCUGUUGAGCUAGGUGAGUUGCAGUCUUCUCAUGGCAGUGAAAGAUUUGCAAAGAAUGAUGUAAAAGCUGAAAAGUAGAAUCUUUGACCACCUAACUGGAUGGCAAUGUAUCUCUCUCGAAUACAUGCACAAUAGCAAAUCUAGGCCUAUCCUGUUAUGCUUGUUAAGAUUUAUUGGGGAUAAGCAGUGCACACUCACCAGCUCAUCACAUUUUGGAAGGAGAAUAUGUGCAAUUCUGAAGAUCAGUAAAAUAAUGUGGUGGCUAAAACUGCAGUUCUAGAGACACAUUACUGUGGAAAAACUGAGAAAGAACACAAUGUACAGCACAGAUGGGGAUGAACAUACUGUUCAAACUGACUGAGGCACUGUACAUUUGGCCUUCUGAUCUCCCAACAGGAAUGAAAUAAUUCUCCCUUUUGGCUUUCCCCUUUGAAUCUUGAUUCAGUCUAUUAUGCUUUAGCUACAUGGCUGCAUCACUCCAGCAUCUUUUUCUGGGAAAAUCUCCUUCAAAUAACUUGUUUUUCCUCCUUAUCUACAGGAGAUGAGAGGAAAUUAACACUGAGGAAAGAGAUGGAUGCAGAUGUUGGAGGAUGUCCUGUUGAGUUAAUCUAGACAAAUCCAUGCUCUGAUGCUGCCUGUGGAGCAGAACCCAAAAGAGAAUGCUGAAUAGUUGCUAGCUAAUGGCAAUGGGGUCUUGAAGCUGCUCACAAAAGUCCCCCCCAGCCCCAAAAGGCCUUUUAUAUGGCUCUAAGAAGUGAACUGUAAGGUCAGGUCUUUAGUGCAGUGGUUCCCAAACUUGUUCCACCACUUGUGCAGGGAAAGCCCCUGGCGGUCCGGGCCGGUUUGUGUACCUGCCGCGUCCACAGGUUUGGCCGAUUGUG